AUGGCUUUAAACCAGUACCCUGCCCCUGUUGAUUACAAUGGGCAGCUUGACGCCUUCAAGGAUUUCCUCAAGCACUUCAAAACCUUGGAAUCAGCCUCCGCAUCAGCAGCGACGGAAGCUAUUCAGGACCUAAACCUUGACGAAGAUGGCACCAGCGACGAGUACGACUUUAUGGAUGACGCUGAUGAGAGUGGAGCGCAGAGCAGAGGAGCGCGCCGGAACAAGGAACCAAAGCUCAAGUACAUGCAGAUGCUACAGGACGUCGCAGACCGCGAACGCUCCGACAUUUUGAUUGAGCUGGAUGACCUGAUUACUUAUGAGAGAUCGCUCCCCGAAGAAGUCCAGUUGAAGCUUAGCGAUUCCGUCCAAAAAAAUGCCAAACGCUACGUUGAGGUUAUGUCUCAGGCGGUUGAUGCCAUAAUGCCCAAGGAGACUAAGGAAAUCACGUUCAAAGAUGAUGUUCUCGAUGUGAUCAUGUCGCAGCGCGAAAAACGCAACGAGGCCAUGACAAUGGCUGCGGAAGCCGAUAUGGACGCCGCAUUGCCACCCUCGAUGUUCCCCGCGGAACUGACUCGCCGAUACACCCUGAAUUUCAAGCCCCCUACCCCCUCUGGGUCCAGCAGCGAACGUGCCUCCAAAGCACUCGCCGUGCGGAAUGUACGCGCAGAGCAUCUUGGUAACCUCAUUACAGUCCGCGGUAUCACAACACGAGUAUCAGAUGUUAAACCGGCUGUCCAGAUUAAUGCCUAUACUUGUGACCGCUGUGGAAACGAGGUAUUCCAGCCAGUGACAACGAAGCAGUUCACUCCGAUGACUGAGUGCGUGUCACCCGAGUGCAAAGAAAACAACACCAAAGGUCAACUCUUCCUCUCUACUAGGGCGUCCAAGUUCAUUCCUUUCCAGGAAGUCAAGAUCCAAGAGAUGGCGGACCAAGUGCCUGUUGGUCACAUCCCACGAACCAUGACAGUUAACUGCUCCGGAUCGCUUACGCGGCAGCUCAACCCCGGUGAUAUGGUGGAUAUUGCCGGUAUCUUCCUUCCAACCCCGUACACCGGUUUUAGAGCGAUCCGCGCAGGGUUACUCACAGAUACUUACCUCGAAGCUCAGCAUGUCACGCAGCACAAGAAGUCAUAUACCGACAUCGGUAUGGACAGCCGAACCCUCCGCAAGAUUGAACAAUACCAGAACUCUGGCAAUAUGUAUGAAUACCUGGCGCGAUCAAUCGCCCCUGAAAUCUACGGCCAUUUGGACGUUAAGAAGGCGCUCCUUUUGCUCCUCAUUGGCGGUGUCACAAAAGAAAUGGGGGACGGGAUGCAUAUUCGUGGAGAUAUCAACAUAUGUCUGAUGGGUGACCCUGGUGUUGCCAAAUCGCAGUUGUUAAAGUACAUUGCCAAGGUCGCACCGAGAGGCGUGUACACCACUGGUCGUGGUAGCAGUGGUGUCGGUCUCACAGCCGCAGUCAUGCGUGACCCUGUUACGGAUGAGAUGGUGCUUGAGGGAGGAGCUCUCGUGCUAGCAGAUAACGGUAUUUGCUGUAUCGAUGAAUUCGACAAGAUGGAGGACGGAGACCGAACUGCAAUCCACGAAGUCAUGGAACAGCAAACCAUCUCAAUUUCCAAGGCAGGAAUAACCACCACCCUUAAUGCCCGUACCUCUAUUCUUGCCGCAGCGAAUCCGCUGUACGGCCGAUACAACCCACGAGUAUCCCCCGUUGAAAAUAUCAAUCUGCCCGCAGCUUUGCUCUCGCGUUUCGACGUGAUGUUCCUCAUUCUUGACACUCCCUCCCAGGAAGGAGACGAGGAGCUGGCCAACCACGUCACUUACGUCCACAUGCACAACAAGCACCCCGAAAACGAAGAUUCGGGUGUCAUUUUCUCGCCCCACGAAGUCCGUCAGUACAUCGCCAAGGCACGAACAUACCGACCGGUCGUUCCCUCGAGAAUCUCGGACUACAUGGUCGGAGCUUACGUGCAGAUGAGGAAGCGGCAGAAGCGCGACGAAGCAAACAAGAAGCAGUUCUCUCACGUUACCCCUCGUACUUUGCUCGGUGUUGUCCGUGUCUCCCAAGCUCUUGCCCGACUUCGGUUCAGUGAGGAAGUCGAGACUUCAGACGUUGACGAGGCCCUCCGUCUGGUCGAGGUCAGCAGGGCAUCUCUGACCAAUGACGGCCAGGCCCACCUUGACCAGACCCCAACGUCCAAAAUCUACAACCUCAUUCGCAGCAUGCACGAAAGCGGUGCAGCAGCCGUUGGAGACGGUGAAGAGGGCGAGCUCAACCUGAGGAGGAUUCGGGAGAGAGUCCUGGCCAAGGGUUUCACUGAAGACCAGCUCUCAACGACGAUUGAAGAAUAUCAAAGUUCUAACAUCUGGCAAGUCAUCGCCAACGGAACGCGUCUUGUCUUCCUUGACAAUGUGGAUGAUAUGGACAUGUAA